AGGCGGAGGCUGCUCCUGGAGGCGUCCCGGCCGCGCAGCCGGAGCCGCAGCCCGGAGGCCCCGGGCGGUGUGCUGGGUGCUGCUUCUGCCCGCCCGCCGCCGCCCGGGCCGCCGCUGCCACCCGGGCCCCAGCUGCCAUCCGCGCCCCCGUCGACCCCGCCCGCGUGUGCGCCCCAGCCGGGACGCCGUCCCCGGCCGGGUCUCCACUUCUCGGCCGCACCUUCCAUGACGGCGCCCGCGCGAAGAUGGCUGCGAAGGGCGCGCACGGCUCCCACCUGAAGGUGGAGAGCGAGCUGGAGCGCUGCCGCGCCGAGGGCCACUGGGACCGCAUGCCAGAGCUGGUCCGGCAGCUGCAGACGCUGAGCAUGCCCGGCGGCGGGAGCGGCCGGCGAUCCAGCCCGAACCCCGCGUUCACCUCUCUGGACACCGAUGACUUUGGGAAAUUGCUGCUGGCCGAGGCGCUCCUGGAGCAGUGUUUGAAGGAGAACCAUGCCAAAAUAAAAGACUCCAUCCCUUUACUGGAGAAGAAUGAGCCCAAGAUGAAUGAAGCCAAAAAUUAUCUCAGCAGUGUCCUUAACCAUGGAAAACUGUUGCCGCAGUACAUGUGCGAGGCCAUGCUGAUCCUGGGCAAGCUGCAUUACGUGGAGGGCUCGUACCGAGACGCCAUCAGCAUGUACGCGAGGGCCAGGAUUGAUGACAUAUCCUUGGAGAACAAGCCCCUGUAUCAGAUGCGGCUGCUUUCGGAGGCUCUUGUCAUCAAAGGCCUCUCCCUGGAGCGCCUGCCCAGCUCCAUCGCCUCGCGCUGCCGCCUGACCGAGAGGGAGGAGGAAGUGAUCGCCUGUUUCGAGAGGGCCUCCUGGAUCGCUCAGGUGUUCCUGCAGGAGUUGGAGAAGACCACAAAUAGCAUCACAUCGAGGCAUCUGAAAGGCUCUCCCCCGGUUGACUACGAGCUCACCUACUUCCUGGAAGCCGCCCUGCAGAGCGCCUACGUGAAAAACCUGAAGAAGGGGAAUGUCGUGAAGGGCAUGAGAGAGCUCCGGGAGAUUCUGCGGACUGUGGAGACCAAAGCAACUCAGAACUUCAAAGUGAUAGCAGCCAAGCACCUGGCGGGGGUCCUGCUGCACUCCCUGAGUGAGGAGUGCUACUGGAGUCCCCUGUCCCACCCUCUGCCCGAGUUCAUGGGCAAGGAGGAGAGUUCCUUCGUCAUGCAGGCCCUGCGGAAACCUCACCUCUACGAAGGAGACAACCUCUACUGCCCCAAAGACAACAUCGAGGAAGCCCUCCUGCUCCUCCUCAUCAGCGAGUCCAUGGCAACUCGGGACGUGGUGCUGAGCCGGGUGCCAGAGCAGGAGGAGGACCGGACAGUGAGCCUGCAGAAUGCUGUGGCCAUCUAUGACCUCCUGAGCAUCACGCUGGGCAGGAGGGGGCAGUACGUCAUGCUCUCAGAGUGCCUGGAGCGAGCCAUGAAGUUUGCAUUUGGAGAAUUUCACCUUUGGUACCAGGUGGCCCUCUCCAUGGUGGCUUGUGGGAAGUCGGCCUACGCCGUGUCGCUGCUGCGGGAGUGUGCGAAGCUGCGGCCCUCGGACCCCACCGUGCCCCUGAUGGCCGCCAAGGUCUGCAUCGGGUCCCUGCACUGGCUGGAGGAGGCGGAGCGCUUUGCCAUGAUGGUGAUCGGCCUCGGGGAGGAAGCUGGGGAGUUCCUCCCCAAGGGCUACCUGGCGCUGGGUCUCACCUACAGCCUGCAGGCCACCGACGCCACCCUAAAGUCCAAGCAAGAUGAACUGCACCGGAAGGCACUGGAGACGCUGGAGAGAGCCCAGCAGCUGGCGCCCGGUGACCCCCAGGUCAUCCUCUAUGUCUCCUUGCAGCUGGCCCUCGUGCGACAGAUCUCCAGCGCCAUGGAGCAGCUGCAGGAGGCCCUGAAGGUGUGCAGGGAUGAUGCCCACGCCCUCCACCUGCUGGCACUGCUCUUCUCUGCCCAGAAGCACUACCAGCAUGCCCUGGACAUCAUCGACAUGGCCAUCAAUGAGCACCCCGAGAACUUCAACCUGAUGUUCACCAAGGUGAAGCUGGAGCAGGUACUGAAAGGCCCGGAGGAAGCCCUGGUGACCUGCAGACAGAUGCUGCAGCUGUGGCAGACCCUGUACAGCUUCUCCCAGCUGGGAGGCCUGGAAAAGGACGGCAGCCUCGCCGAGGGCCUCACGAUGAAGAAGCAGAGCGGCAUGCACCUGACCUUGCCCGACGCCCACGACGCAGACUCUGGCUCCCGGCGAGCAUCGUCCAUUGCAGCCUCCCGGCUGGAGGAGGCCAUGUCGGAGCUGACCAUGCCCUGCUCGGUCCUGAAGCACGGCCCCAUGCAGCUGUGGACCACGCUGGAACAGAUCUGGCUCCAGGCUGCCGAGCUGUUCAUGGAGCAGCAACACCUCAAGGAAGCAGGUUUCUGCAUCCAGGAGGCGGCAGGCCUCUUCCCCACCUCUCACUCGGUGCUCUACAUGCGGGGCCGGCUGGCCGAGCUGAAGGGCAGCUUGGAGGAGGCCGAGCAGCUGUACAAGGAGGCGCUGACGGUGAACCCGGACGGUGCGCGCAUCAUGCACAGCCUGGGUCUGAUGCUGAGUCGCCAGGGCCACAAGAGCCUGGCCCAGAAGGUGCUUCGGGAUGCCGUGGAGAGGCAGAGCACCUGCCAUGAGGCGUGGCAGGGCCUGGGAGAGGUGCUGCAGGCCCAGGGCCAGAACGAGGCUGCCGUCGACUGCUUCCUCACGGCGCUGGAGCUGGAGGCCAGCAGCCCCGUGCUGCCCUUCUCCAUCAUCCCCAGAGAGCUCUGACAGCGCCACGGCAGCCCAGUGGGGGCUGCCCAGUGCGGGCUGGCGGGAGCAGGCAGGCAGCUGGGAACCAGGGGCACAGUGGCAUGCAGGUGGGGCCUCAGGGAAAUACAUCUCUAGUGAACACUUCUGCAGGCUGCAGCCCUAGUUCUCCCCCUGGCUGGGCCAAGAGAGCCUUCCCAGAUUGCUUCCUGGGUGCCUUGGGAGACAGUCUGGCUUGAAACCUAAGUGACGGCAGAGUUGUGGCAACCAGACUUGCUCCCCGAGAGCUCGGGCAGGGGGAGCCUCGCAACUGUGCUUCACCCUCACCCACACCUCUGUCUGGGGGUCUGGGAGCCCCAUGCUCUGGGCCUCACUCCCCAGUCCCUGGACAGCGCAGGCUUCUGGGUCUCUCUCAGGUCUUACCCAGGGCAGUCACAGCUUAAAGAAACUGGGCAAGUGGGAAGAAGAUGGGAUCUCUGGGCCAGUCUCCCAGACUUUGAGUCAGUGGAUGAUGCCAGCAUUGCCCCUCUUUGCCCGCUGGGCCACCUGGGCCCUACCAUUCUCUUCCCCUCUGCUCCCAAGUGCCUUCGGGGCCUCUGGUGUCUGGCCGGGGUCACUGAGCACUGGCCCUAACCCACUCUUCCAUUUCCACCACCCCCGUCUCCCUGGAAACGUGCCCCAGCCCAAGUAGCCUUCUCGGCCCCUGGCCAGGGCCCCCUUGGACGGGCCUCACGAUACAAAACAUGGUUCCUGGACCAGCCCUUUGUAAUGGCCUGAGUCGACACAGGGUUUCUUCAAGCCUUACCCCACAGUGCAGGUCCCUCUAGGGCCAGCAGCAUGAAGGUGGGCAGUUUCUAGAAAGACCCCCAAUACAUCUCAUCACCCACAGCUCAUUUUUCACCUUGGGCUUUCUUGGGUGACCCAAUCUCCACCCUGGCCAUUUGGGUCCCCCUGCCUGGGUCCACAUGGGGGCUGUGGUUGGAGACUUGAGGGGGAGAGGAAAUCCAGCCUUCCUGUCUGUGACUGAGCCUCUGUGUCCCUGACAGGCUAUGUCUGCAGGAGUCGGGGACCAGUGGGCAAAUGUCCUCUCUGCCGGCUCCCCCAGCCCUGCCGUGUGAUGCUCUUAGAACUCUUCCCCGGGAGUCGGUCCCCCAGAGGCCUGCCGGGGAAAUCCUUUUGUAUCCGCACUUUGGGUGUUAGCUCUAACGCUCCGUCAGGUACAUGUGUACAGGUUGGGUGAGGGCUGCCCUGGUUGGUCGCAGCCCCACCCCUGGAGGGAGCAGCUGUUGGGUGUCCCCCCUCCACGCCACGCUGCUCCGCACUGCGCAUCCUGAGAACCAGUGCCUUCUGCCUCCCUGCGCCACGCCAGGGGCACCUCGGGGGCGCUGGAUCCUCUGCCUCUUCUUGGUUGAAGGAUCUCUCUAUACAUGUAUGUGUGUAUAUAAAUAUAUAUAUUAUAUAUAAUAGAGAUCUAUUUUUUUCUGGAAUUCUGUUAGAAAAAAGUAAAGAAAAAGCAAAUGCUAUUGAUUUAUCUUGGGGUACCCAAAGAUGCUGGAAGUCAAUUCUUGGUAACAGGAAACGCACCAAAUGUAUUUUGACUUUUAAGUAUUCCCUCACUGGAAGCCACAGAGGGCCUGGCCAGGUUGCUGGCGGUGACUGUGCAGAUUGAAUAAAGAGACCCUUGAAGGGAA